UCUUCCCUUAUCUGAGACUCAAUCCUAUACAUCCACGCACAAGAUAAAAGAGUUCAACAAGCCAAACUAUUGUAUAAGAUUCUAGGCGUGGUCUAAUUGGGUAUUGGAAGGAAGGUAGGAAAGAGAAGUUACAGGGUGAGGAGCAGAGCAGUAAAUAUUAGGCAAUGAUUGGGCAAGGAGACAGCAAAAAGCAAGUGUAGAGACUCUCUCAAGAUUCUCCCACUUGGAUUCAAUCACUUGGGUGAUUUGAAAGAGAAUUCCAUUUCAUAACUGAAAAGUUUAGGGAUCAGGGCAUUGAAGCUCUGAUAUUUACGUAAUGCUAAUUCAAAAGAAAGUGCAAGAGAGGCGGUGGGAGAAAGAGAGAUAAAAUAUCAAAUAGAAUGGCUACCGCCACCACGGUGUUGAAAGAUGCUUCUAACCCGCCGGCAGCUAUUGAUGUUGAGUUUGCUAAAUGCGAUUGCUGCGGUUUGACGGAGGAGUGCACACCAGUGUACAUUGCUCGUGUGCGCGAGAGGUAUGGAGGUCGCUGGAUUUGUGGGCUUUGCAGUGAAGCUGUCAAGGAUGAGACUUGCCGGUCCCAGAAGGAUAUUGACACCGAGGAAGCAUUAGAACGGCACAUGAAGUUUUGUCAGCAAUUUAGAUCUUCUUCUCCUCCAACCAAUCCCUCGGAGGAUUUGAUUUCUGCCAUGAAAAUUCUCUUUCGCCGAAGUUUGAACUCACCGAGGAAGAAGAAAGGAUCAGUGUUUCCAUCCUCGUCGUAGUAACAAAUUCAGCAGUAAGUUUGGAGCCAGAGGUAUGAAAUGAAACAACGAUCAACAAAUUGCAGAAAGUUUGAAGCUACUAUAAUUAGCAGAAGUUGUAACUAGUUUAGACCUUAAUUAAUUAACUUUAAUGUAUUAACCUUUAUUAAAUGCCAGUUGAAUGAACAAACUUUCCAGGACUGCAAUAAAAUUUCUCUCUUUUUCAA